AUUACGCGUGUGUUUACGUGGGUUUACUUUACAUACGUAUCACAUAUAUACGCAGUACGCAGUAUGCGUACUUAAUAAAAGAGUAAAAAAAUUUAAAAAAAGAGAUAAGAGGAAAUAUAGCGAGUGAGAGCGAGGAGGAAGACCAAAGAGCCCGCAUGAGAAGUGCGUGUCGAUCCGGGUGUGUUUCUCCUCGUCCGUUCGUCUUUUCGAUUAAGUACUUUCCCCUUUUCUUCUUCUUUUUUUUUUUUUUUUUGUUAAUUAAUUCACUCGGCUGUGCAAGUGUUACUACGUUACACCCACGCGGGUCACUCUCAAGGGCUCAUCUUUCAAUUUGCAAAAGGCCCCUUUCUCGUCUCUCUCUCUCUCUCUCCCUUUCUCUCUUUAAAUGAAGCCAAAAAGGGAGUAAGAUAUAAGCUUGCACUAGAAGCAGCUGUCGACGAUAAAAGUCAAAAGGGGUAUGGACGACACCGAGGCUGAUGUGUGAUGGCCUGAAGCUUUUUGCCUUCUUGUCGUAUUGGUGGUCUUGGGACACACUUGGAGUGAAGUCCAGACGAGGACUCGGAAGACAAGCAGUCCGGAACACGUAUCCUGGUGUCUAAAGCGACGAUGCGAAAUAAUUCAAAAACAAGAGAGAUGUUUAUUGUAAGAGCUUUAGAAAAAAUACUUGCUGAUCGUGAUGUCAAGCGCUCUCAUCUUUCUCAACUCAGGAGGGCCUGUGAGGCUGCUCUUGAGGACCUUCACAAUGAAAUCAAAGAAGUGCCGAGCACGCAAGGCGAGGACACACCGUCGAACGCUCUGCCACAACCAAAGAGCGACACGAAUUUCAUCAGCGCGGAAAAAUACUUUUUACCGUUCGAACUAGCUUGUCAGAGCAAGUCGCCGAGGAUAGUCGUAACAUCUCUCGACUGUCUGCAAAAACUCAUCGCCUAUGGACACCUAACGGGCAGCAUACCCGAUUCAACAGAUCCCAACAAGCUGCUGAUUGUCCGGAUCGUCGAAACGAUUUGCAGCUGCUUCAUAGGUCCACAGACGGACGAAGGUGUCCAGUUGCAAAUUAUUAAAGCUCUGUUGACUGUUAUGACGAGCCAGCAUGUCGAGGUCCACGAAGGAACUGUGCUAUUGACGAUCCGCACUGUGUACAAUGUGUACUUGGCAUCGAGAAAUCUGGUCAAUCAGACUACAGCUAGAGCGACGCUUACGCAGAUGAUCAAUGUUAUUUUUGCUCGUAUGGAAACACAAGCGGAGGAGGAGAGCGCAAAGCCAACAACAGAGCUGGAGCUACAGAACGUAUCGAUUGUGACGACGGUCACGGACACGGACAGCGAACCUGUAAAUACACCGGUGUCAAGUAUUGCAAGUGUACAGUUGACUGCUGUUGAAAAUCCCUCGCCGGCAGCAGAAACACCACCAGAGUUAGAAGAACAGCCUCCUCCAAUAGAAGAGUCAGUAGAUGAGAUCAACGAGGCCCAGCUGAUUGUUCGUUCAGUAUUGAACGACGUGAUCGAUAGUGUACUUCCAAUCGAAGAAGAGCAGCCGGGCCAGGAAUCCGAACCACCAACGACACCGACAACGGCCGUCACCGAGUCGUCGAUGUCGGAAACGGAGCAGCCUCCAACAGAGCAGCAGCAGCAGCAACCACCAGUCACGCCGACGAUUGAAGAGCCACCCAAUAAUAUCCCUGACGAGACGCCAGACGAGGUGGUAGCUGAAAGUGACAACAUGGUCACGGCAAAGUUCACCCACGUACUACAAAAGGACGCGUUUUUAGUUUUCCGAGCGUUAUGCAAACUUUCCAUGAAACCUCUGCCCGACGGCACGCCAGAUCCCAAAUCACACGAGCUAAGAUCGAAAAUCCUGUCCCUGCAGCUGCUACUGGGCAUUUUGCAAAACGCCGGCCCGAUCCUUCGCUCAAACGAAAUGUUUGUUACCGCCAUCAAGCAGUACCUCUGCGUCGCGCUAUCCAAAAACGGUGUAUCAUCCGUGCCGGAAGUGUUUGAGCUAUCGCUGGCUCUGUUCCUCGUACUCCUGGCUCGCUUCAAAAUCCACCUGAAAAUGCAGAUCGAAGUGUUCUUUAAGGAGAUCUUUUUGAACAUUCUAGAAACCUCGAGCAGCUCAUUUGAGCACAAGUGGAUGGUCAUUCAUGCACUCACGCGCAUCUGCGCCGACGCUCAAAGUGUCGUUGAUAUUUACGUAAAUUACGACUGCGAUCUCUCAGCCGCCAAUCUGUUCGAGAGACUAGUGAAUGAUCUAUCAAAGAUAGCGCAGGGUAGACAAGCCCUCGAGCUCGGCGCCUCGCCAAAUCAAGAGAAAUCCAUGCGAAUUCGCGGAUUGGAAUGCCUCGUCUCGAUCUUGAAGUGCAUGGUCGAGUGGAGCAGGGACCUGUAUGUGAAUCCUUCGGUGCCCGCUGAACAGCAGGUACCAACCGAGCCACCGGAUCCACCGCUCGAGACUGCUUCCACGACGACUGUUAACAGCUCGCAGAGCAACGGAGGUAGUAGGCUGCUGCCCAGGUACGGAAGCGCUGGAAGUCUAUCGUCGGCUAAUUCGAGUUUGGUCGGAAAUAAGGAGGUGCCGGAUUCGCCUGAACAGUAUGAGACGCAAAAGCAGCAGAAAGAGAUUUGGGAAACCGGUAUCGAGAUAUUCAAUCGGAAGCCAAUCAAGGGAAUACAGUACGUACAGGAGCAAGGGCUGUUGGGUCAGACGAAUGAGGACGUAGCACGUUGGUUGCACACGGACGAGCGUCUCGACAAAACGACAAUCGGCGAUUUCCUCGGCGACCACAAUCAUAAGGAAGUCAUGUACAGCUACAUCGAUCAGAUGGAUUUCGUCGGGCGCGACCUUGUCACUGCCUUGCGUUAUUUUCUGGAAGGCUUUAGAUUACCCGGAGAAGCGCAAAAGAUCGAUCGGCUCAUGGAAAAGUUUGCCAGCCGUUACUGCGAAUGCAAUCCCAACAAUGGCCUCUUCACAAGCGCCGAUACAGCCUACAUCUUGGGCUUUUCAAUAAUCAUGCUAACGACGGACCUUCAUUCGCCUCAAGUAAAGAACAAAAUGACAAAGGAACAGUACAUCAAUCUCAAUCGACGGAUCAGUGACAACGAGGAUCUACCCGAAGAGUACCUCUCGAAAAUCUACGACGAGAUCGCGGGUAACGAGAUCAAGAUGAAGUCCAACCCCAACAGACCCGGCAAACAAGUCAUAUCGAGCGAGAAGAAACGCCGAUUACUAUGGAACAUGGAAAUGGAGGUGAUUUCGACGGCAGCUAAGAACCUCAUGGAGUCGGUGAGCCACGUGCAAACACCGUUCACGACAGCCAAGCAUCUAGAACACGUACGUCCGAUGUUCAAGAUCGCCUGGACGCCUUUCCUCGCGGCCUUUAGCGUUGGUCUCCAGGACUGUGAUGAUCCUGAGAUAGCAUCCCUGUGCUUGGAUGGCAUUAGAUGUGCCAUCCGCAUAGCUUGUAUUUUUCACAUGACGCUCGAGAGAGACGCGUACGUGCAGGCGCUCGCUAGGUUUACCCUCCUCACGGCCAACUCGCCCAUCACAGAGAUGAAGGCUAAGAAUAUCGACACGAUUAAGACUCUGAUCACAGUGGCUCACACCGACGGUAACUAUCUUGGAAGCUCGUGGCUCGACGUCGUCAAGUGCAUAUCGCAGCUCGAGCUCGCCCAGCUGAUUGGCACUGGUGUCAGGCCGCAGAUGCUCAGUCCACCUUCGAAGCCGCACUUUCCAUCGCCACUGGCUAACUUCCCCAGCCUCGCGCUCAACAGCUCGCACCAGAGUAAUGGGCUGAAUCUUAGCUCACUUGAUCCGAGCGUUAAAGAAUCCAUUGGAGAGACAAGUUCGCAAAGCGUAGUCGUGGCUGUUGAUAGAAUUUUUACCGGCUCCACGAGACUCGAUGGUGAUGCUAUAGUUGAGUUUGUCAAAGCCUUGUGCAAGGUUUCUUUGGAAGAAUUGGCGCACCCAACGCAGCCACGCAUGUUCUCACUAACAAAGAUCGUCGAGAUCUCAUACUACAACAUGGGUCGCAUUCGUCUGCAGUGGUCGCGUAUCUGGGCUGUGAUAGGUGAACACUUUGAUCGUGUGGGCUGCAGCGGCCAGGACAUUGCCUUUUUCGCCGUGGAUUCCUUGCGCCAGUUAGCCACCAAGUUCAUCGAGAAAGGAGAAUUCGCCAACUUCCGCUUCCAGAAAGAAUUUCUCAGGCCGUUCGAGCAUAUUAUGAAGAAGAACCGGUCUACCGUCAUCCGAGACAUGGUAGUCAGGUGUGUCACUCAGAUCGUGCAGUGCCAAGCGCUUCAGUGCCCGCAACCAAAUAUACGAUCGGGAUGGAAGAAUAUCUUUAGUGUUUUCCAUCACGCCGCUGGAGACAGGGAUGGAGCAGUUGUUGAGCUCGCCUUCACCACUACUGGCAAAAUUAUCAAUGAGUUGUACGCGGAACACUUUGGCAUCAUGGCCGACUCAUUCCAGGAUGCAGUCAAGUGCCUGAGUGAGUUUGCAUGUAACGUGUCGUUCCCCGACAUUAGCAUGGAAGCUAUAAGACUGAUACGCUCCUGCGCCUCUUACAUUGAUGCUAAUCCGCACUUGUUCGCCGAGGGUAUGAUGGAUGAUAAUGGCAUGGUUUCCGAGGAGGACCGAGCUUGGGUGAGAGGCUGGUUUCCGCUACUAUUCGAGCUGUCAUGCGUUGUGAGUCGUUGCAAGCUCGACGUGAGAACACGCGCACUUACAGUCCUCUUUGACGUAAUGAAGACACACGGGGCCUCGUUUAAGCCGCACUGGUGGAAGGACCUGUUCCAGGUGCUCUUCCGAAUCUUCGACAACAUGAAGCUUCCGGAACAGCACACCGAGGUGAUUGAUAAGCAUUUAACAAAGGAUGGAUCAGUGCCCAACAAAGCAGAAUGGAUGACGACUACGUGCAAUCACGCUCUGUACGCGAUAGUUGACGUAUUCUCACAGUUCUAUGACACUUUGGGGCCACUUUUGCUCGAACAAUUGUAUGCACAGCUACAUUGGUGUGUCCAGCAGGACAACGAACAAUUAGCGCGUUCAGGAACAAAUUGCCUGGAGAAUCUUGUAAUCAGCAACGGUAUCAAGUUUAAUGAAGACACGUGGAACAAAACUACGAGGUGUGUGCUCGAAAUAUUCACCAGCACUCUGCCUACGACUUUGCUCACUUGGAGGCCGCAAUCCAACAAAGAGUCCGACCUUGAUGUGAUAACGGGUGAGGCUGACGCGCAUAUCGGCAUCCUUAAACGCAGCAACAGCAGUCAAAGCAUCUCGGUAGCCGAAACGGCGCGCGUUAAAACAUUUGCAGCGUUGCUGAUCAAAUGCGUCGUUCAACUCGAACUAAUACAGACGAUCGACAACAUCGUCUUCUAUCCAGCCACCUCGAGGAAAGAGGACCAGGAGAAUUUGGCUGCGGCUCAGGCUGAUAUGCUCAAUAGCAAAUCAGAAAUCAAUGUUGCUGGCACUGGCGGUGAUCAACAAAAAGAAGAGCAAGGCAUGUAUUGCGCUCUAACAACGACACACCUACUACAGUUGGUAGACUGUCUCUUGGCUUCGCAUCGUUUCGCCAAGAGCUUUAAUUCAAACCACGAGCAGCGCAACAUCUUGUGGAAGGCUGGCUUCCGAGGCAACGUCAAGCCCAACCUGCUGAAGCAAGAAACGCAGUCUUUAGCCUGCGCCCUGCGAAUCCUUUUUAAAAUGUACAGCGACGAGACGCAUCGUGCCAGCUGGCAGCAGAUCGAGUCGCGUCUAGUCGAGGUCGCCGCCGAAGCUCUGGAUUACUUUUUAGUGCUGACGAGCGAGGCUCAUCGCGAGGCUUGGACGCCCAUCCUACUUUUACUGCUGGCCAGGAUUUUAAAGAUGACGGACGCGAGGUUUGCCGUGCACGCUUCAAGUGCCUAUGCAUCGCUAUGCGAGAUCAUGUGCUUUGACCUAAAACCCGAGUUGAGGUCUGCGCUGAGGAGGUUCUUCCUCAGGGUCGGUCCGGUUUUCAGGAUCACACAACAGUAGUAAGCUUUUUAUUUCCACACAUCGCUUGUUGGUAAAAGUAUUUUUGUUUAUUGGUACUGCCUGGUUGUAUCUAAUUUGAAGUAAAAGUGACAGAUUAGUGUUGUUAUUGAGAGUUAUUUCGAAAAUAUGUUGCACCUGUAUAAAGUACUGUAAAUUAAUUACGAUGUGCUAUAUAUAUGUUCGUGUUGAUGAAUUUGUUAAAAUUAUUUGUAAAAAAAAGAUUUUUGUAUUUUAUUCGUACUUGUUUUUUAUUCUAAUCAAUUUUGUUUUGGUCACUAUUAUGUGUAAUGUUACCAAAAUCGUAGUACUAAUUGACAAAAAAAUUUUCAACCGGUUGUACAGUAAAGAAAUGAUUAAUAUAUAUUUUAGAAAAUGAUUGUUCUAAAAUUUUUAAAUACAAAAUCGUAUAAUGAGUCAGGGUACGUGUAACAAAGCGGGAACUGAAUAAAAUACGUACUUACAAUCACAAGCAUGUGAAAAAUAAUAUUUAAAAAAUCAUAAAAAAAAAAAAAAAAAAAAAAAAAUUGAAAACGAGUAGAAAAAUAAAACAAAGUCAGCUUUAAUAAUUGCAGACAAAAUUAAUAAUCAAGCAUAGUAUCAAAUUUUAUCCUUACAGGAACAUGAUACCUAAACCGGAAGAGAUAACGCUUUAAAGCAUUUUAUAAAUGCACUACUUGAUAUAAAUUUUCCAAAUUCUUAUCAAUAUAAUUACGCUAAAUAUCGCAGUUACUAUACCUUUUUCCUCUUUUGUACUCGUACAAACUUGUUUUUAACGCAAAGAUGUAUUGGAGGUUUUCACCAUGAUUUUAUCUCAAACGUGACUGUAGGAAUGAAAAAAAAAUCCUUAAGAAAUUUUUGCUUGAAAACGUUAACAUUUAUCUGAUGUAUUGUAAAUGCACUAGAUUGUUGUUGAUUUAUGAAAAAUUAUUUGAAACUAAGCAACUGUCAAUUUUAUUAGCUUUAAUUUCAUGCUCAAACUUCAUAACACAUUUCACUGCAAAGUUGGAUUUUACACGUUUUAUUAAUUAAAAUAGUACAAUAAUUUCACACCAUAGCAGCAUUGCAUCAAUGAAAAAAGUUUACAAAGAUGAAUUCUGUUAUCUAAAAUUCUGCGCUAAAAACUAAACAAAACCAUUCCACUGAAAAAAAAAAAAAAAGUACUUUUAACAUUUUGUUUCAAAGAACGUCCAGUGUGCAAUCAGUUUUCAUAAGUGAAUAAGUUUGUCAGAGUAUUAUGUUACUGAAAACAAAAGAAUGUACGAAUGCCUACGGAUCUAGACGAUCGCCGGCAAAGUUUCGAUUAAUAAUACUUGAUUAGGUAAGAUGCGAUUGUAAAUUUGACGAUUGAUCAUGAGGAUCGCGAACCAAUGCUUUACGUGCGUUUUUUUUUUUCUAUUGUUACUAAUUACAAGCCGAACGUGAGACUGUUUCGUCUUACUUUUCCCCAUUCAAUAAGCAUUAAGCAUUGGACAGUGAUUUCUUUCUUUUUUUUAUUUGUUAUACACACACAUGUACAGUAGACGAUCCCACGUGAGAUGUAAGCCGAGUCACGCUAAUCGAUUAUAUAUAUAUAUUAUAUACAUACAUUAUACAGAGAAAUCACGCUCACGCGCCCACGAGAGAGUGAAGUGUUUGUUUUUAUAUUAGGUGGUACGACUUUUAAUAAAUUGAUCUAUACCCAUGGUAACCGUGAAAAGAGCGAGUCUUGUCAUUUCACACACCGACGAUUGUCCCUACCUAAA